UGAAAGUUGCAUAAGCCGACCUUACAUUCAUCCUCAAAAAUCUCUCAUAUUAACAAAACUUUUACUCAAAGAGCCUCUCUCGGCAAACACUAUGGAUCCGGAUCCGGAUUCGGAGUCGGAGCUCUUAUCACUCCUUACUCAACUAAUGUUUGUCGAGUACUUUAACUUGUACUGGGAUGCCACUCCAUUGCUUACCGAACUAAUCCUUCUAGUCAGCUCAAUGGAUUUGGAUUCGCAGCCGAAGCCGGAGUCAGAGUUCAUGUCACUCACUACUCAAGCAAUAUCUCUCUUCAACUCUAUGGAUUUGGAGUCUCAGUCCAAACUGCUGUCGGAUCUCAUGUCAAUGGUUUUUCAAAAUUUAUCUCUCUUUAACUCUGCUUUGGACUCGGAAGCCACAACACUCUUUGGUAAAAUAAUCUCUCUGGUCAGCUCAAUGGAUUUGACUACAGAGGAGAAGCCAGAGUCUGAUGAGCUAGUGUUACUCAUCCAAGAGAUACUCUCUCUAGUCAACUCUAGGGAUUCAGAUUCCCAGCCAAAGCGGCUGGUGGAGCUAAUAUCAUUCAUUUCUCAAAAGAUUUCUCUCAUUGAUGAAACUUUGGAAGUCAAACCGGAGCCGGAACUUAUCUCACUCACUCAUCAAAUACUCUCCCUCGUCGUCUCUAUGAACUCAAACUCGGGGGAGUAUAUUUCCUUGUGCCCUCAAGCACAAGUAAAACUGGAAAACGGAAGAUUUCGUGUUCUUGAAGACGUCUCGUGGCGCACCAAUAACAAGUGGCAUUGCCUUUCUGUAAACUGGCGGACAUUCAAGUUAUCAAGAGAAGAAGACACUCUCCAUUUUAUCUGCAUAGGUUGCAAUGGCGAUAACCAUAAAGAAUUUAACAAUGUUCCUGUUGAGAUCAACCAUCCUCUUCAUCCAAAUCAUUCUCUCCAGCUUGUCGUGUUGCAGGAAGAUAGUACCAGGGAAUGCUAUUGUUGUGAUGAAGCUCUUAGCCGUAUACUUUAUUAUUGCUCGGCUUGCGAUUUUGCUAUAAGUAUACUUUGUGCGAGGAAACCACCAGUCUUUUUGAUAAACCAUCACCGUCCGGAGUGGCAUGGUCAUCCUCUUGCUCUGUUUCCAAGACAAGCUUUCUUAACUUGCAACCUUUGCGCCUUGGCCGAUCCAAGCUCUCCUAUCUAUAUGUGUCCGCCUUGUGACUUUGUGACUCAUCUAAGAUGUAUCAACUUACCACGUGUCAUAAAGAUAUCUCGCCAUAGCCAUCGUAUCUAUUUUACUUCUUCGUUUGAGAAAGAAGGUUUGUCUUGUGGUGUUUGUCGCAGAAAGAUCAACAAAUUAUACGGAGGCUAUUCUUGUAUCAAAAAUGGUUGUUGGUAUGCGGCACAUUCAAGAUGUGCAACACAAAAAAAUGUGUGGGAUGGUGUAGAACUUGAGGGAGUGCCAGAAGAAAAUGAGGAAGAAGUAGAUCCACCGUUUGCAACGAAAGGAAGUGGAGUCAUACGACAUUUCACUCAUCGUCAUCUUUUGAGACUUGAUGUGGACACGGGAAGAGAUUACGACGAGGAUAAGCUGUGUAACAUAUGCAUUACGCCAAUCUAUUUUGGUAACUUCUACUCGUGUACGCCUAGCUGUGAUUAUAAUCUCCACGAAACAUGCGCAAAUUUUCCUCGUAAAAUAGAUCAUCCGAUACAUCCACAUCAGCUUAAUUUAGAGGCAGGAUACGGUGAUGGGGAGAUCAAUGAGUAUGAAUGCUCGGUGUGUCCUAGGAAGCGUACUGUCGGUUUCCUCUAUCGGUGCAGAAAAUGUUUUUAUCUACACGUGCAGUGUGCCAUAGCUUCCGAGCCACUAGAUCAUCCAAGUCAUAUACAUCCUUUAUACCUCACAUCCAAACCAGACGAAGAGCAAAGAAAAUGUUCGGUUUGCAAGAAGUCAGGGCAUUGUCCCACCAAGGAAACGUUCAAUUGCAUCGAGGAGUGCGACUUUGCUUUGUGUUUUGAGUGUGCUACUUUAGCUCAAAAGGUGAGGUAUAAGCAUGAUAAGCAUGUGCUCACUCUUUCUUAUGGGGACAAGACAAGUACCAUGACUUAUUGGUGUGAAAUUUGUGAGGAAAGAUUAAAUCCAAAGGAGCGGUUUUAUAGUUGUGAUGAGUAUUGUUGUGUCACCAUACACAUUGAAUGCUUGGUUGGGGUGGACUUCUACAUGAAGCCCGGUUCAAAAUGGUUCAACAAGUACGGUGCAGAGGUAAGUGUUCUGCCAAACAAUCAUCAUAUGUCUCGACCUUUUUGCUUUAUUUGCAAGAAGCGUUGUCCACACAAAACAUUUUUCCAGUGCAAUGGUUUUGAAUAUUGUUCCAGAUCAUGUUUACUUACUAAAAGUAAAGAGGUGAUCUACCUUGGUGGCCAUUAGUCUUCCAAGUUAUAAGAACUUUCAUUUGUUGUAUUGAAAGUAAAACACUGAUAUGUUUCGAUAUUGUUGUGAUUUAUCGUAUUUUGCUUUGCAUCUGUGUGAUUUUUGAACGCUUGUUGUUUUUCAUAAUUUCAUAACUACUGCUGGGGAACAAUAAGUAUAGAUACAAGUUCAGUAAAAUAUCAAUUUG